AUGUCUGCUGUAUUGAUUGACGACUCUGCAUGGUCUAUAGCUACCACGAUAAAACAUGGAAUUUUUACUUUCUGUGUAGCCUCGAUAUCCAUAAUCACUCUUUAUAUCUUAAUUACUGGCAUUUACAACCUGUACUUCCAUCCUCUAGCUUCCUAUCCAGGACCAAAACUAUGGGCUUUCAGCAACUUCCCAAACAGUAUCGGACGCAUCCAAGGUCUUAUGUGGAUACGACUAAAAGAUGCACACGAUAAGUAUGGACCUAUUGUCCGUUCGGCACCAAAUGAACUCUCAUUUAUCACACCAGAAGUAUGGUCCGAUGUGUACGCAAAGAAGCCCGGUCGUCCAGAGAUGCCCAAGGGGAAUUAUGUUCCUCCUCCUGGGAGAGAAAGUCUUUUCGAUCAUCCAGUGCAUGAAGAACAUCAACGGAUUCGAAAAUCUUUGAGAAAUGGAUUUACUGAGAGAGCGCAGAGGGAUCAAGAGCCACGAGUUAAGCGAUUUAUUGAUGGACUCAUGAAUCAAUUGAAGAAAGUUGCUAAAGCUGGUGAGGUUACCGAUAUUGCUCAAUGGAAUUAUUUAGUCGCCUAUGAUAUUGUAGCCGACUUAGCCUGUGGUGAAAACUUCAAAGGUGUUGAGAAUGGGGAAAGUCAUAAAUGGUGA